CCAGCGGGAUGAAGGCGCCCUUCGCGCUCCUCCUGGCCGCCUGCCUCUGCGUGGACGGCGUUUUCUCGCUGGUGUGCUGGUCGUGCGAGAAUGCCGAAUCAACAUGGGGCUGCUGGAGGCUGCAAGUCUGUUCCAGUGAAGAUAACUACUGUGCCACCACCUAUACCGGUGCAGGAAUUGGUGAUUAUUCCACGCAGUCGAUCAACAAGGGCUGUGUGCCUAUUUGCCCCCAAGGCGGGAUCAAUAUUGGCAUUGCGGCCGUGUCGGUGAAAUGCUGUUCCUCGUCUUUCUGCAAUGUCAGCGGGGCAAGCAGCAUCAAAACAAACCAUCUUCUGUUGGUGUUGGCGAUGCUGGCCAGUUUCUUCUAUCUCUUCGGACCCAGGCUGUGACUGAGGUACCUCUCCAGCUGCAUCGAGAGGCCACGUGCGUUCCCGAAAUUGUGUAUUAAGAAUGCCAUUUAACCGUACUGCUUUUUAAUCUGGGAUUUUACUAGGUUUGUGGAAAUAAUUGCAGGGGAGGGGAAAUUUUGUUUUCUAGCAUCGCUUGGGAUUGUCGGAGGCUGGGCACAUCCAAAAGAGAGAACCUCUAGGCCAGUGUUUUUCACCCUUGGCCACUUUAAGCUGUGUGGACCUCAACUCCCAGAAUUCCCCAAAGCUGGCUGGGGAAUUCUGGAAGUUGAAGUCCACACAUCUUAAAGUUGGGAAGGUUGAGAAACACUGCUCUAGGCCGUGGGAAGGUAUGAAAUCAUUACAGAGGCCUUAAAAAGGUCGUGGUUGGUGGACCACCGGGCACAAACCUGGCUGAGAGGAUGUGUAGCUCUUCAUGAAGGUCUGUUAUGCAAAUGAAUGCAGCAAAUCCAAGUUUGUCACAUUUUACGUUAAGCAUGAUUGUGGGGCUUUUUGAAUGGAAUAAACAUUUUGAUUCGUAACGUU